AUGACUGACAGCGAAGUAAACCUGAUAUCAAGGGAAGACCUUAUGCUGAUAUGGCUCGAGACGUGGGAAACAAACGCGGAGCCACCACAGUCCACUCUUGCAGCACAGCUUGUCAGCCAUUUCACAGAUGGGAAGAAGCAUCCCAGAACUCAAGAUGUAGAGACAUUUCGCCAGCUGCUUCGAGAAAUUCUUGGUACUGAAAGUGGACAAAUUUUUCACGCAGAACCGCUCGAAACAGACAGUGACGUGGAUUGCAAGCUGAUCUAUGUGAUCGUGAAAGCCGGCCUUGAAAAGAUAAGCUCGGACGACCCGUUCAAUGGUAAGACUGAACUAUCUAGACACGCUGCUGACAGUUUGACUGCCAUAAACUUCACUAUCAAGAGGAAUCCUGAAGUUCUGUUUGCUGCUCCCCAAUUCCACGGACCAGACCCACGGCCGAUUGGUCCCUUGUAUCUAUGGCUUCUGCCGAAGCUCCUGGCUUUGACCGGGUGCCUACAAGAUAGCGAGACAAUAGAGGGGGUUCUCCGCAUCUUUACGACUUUUCUUGUCACCGAGAGAAAGACGCAUGUUAGAAGGAUGAACUUACAUCCAGUUCUGACAUACAUGAAAGGGUGCACCAACGGUUAG